UCCAGAUGCUGAAAUACUAUGUGAUAAAGAUUUUAGGUUUCAAUUGUAAAGAGAGGGAAGUGGAUAAAUCAGUGCCGCCUCCUUUACCAGCAAUGACAAAAGAGACCACAGAGCAACAGAGGCUCUGCCCUGAUGAACCCGAGGAUGCUGACAGCUACUCAGAGUCUGUGAAAUUCGAUGCUCGCUCGAUGACAGCAUUGCUUCCUCCUAAUCCUAAAAAUGGCCCUUCCCCUCAGGAGAAGCUGAAGUCCCUCAAAACUGCCCUAGUCGCCCUUUACCUUCUUGUGUUUGCCGUUCUCAUACCGCUCAUUGGGAUAGUGGCAGCCCAUCUUAUGAAUUGGGAAAUGAAGAACUGCUUAGUUGGUUCAAGUAACACAAGUGAUACAUCUCAAAGUCUGAUUGGAAAAGAAAACACCAGUAAAGCUGAAAUGAGAUUUACAGUUGCCUUGGAACACAUGAAGGACAUGGAAGAGAGAAUCGAAAGCAUUUCAGACUCAAAAGCCAACCUCAUAGAUGCAGAACGCUUCCAGAACUUUAGUAUGACAAUCGACCAAAGACUUAAUGAUGCUCUUUUGCAGUUAAGUUCCUUGAUUUCAUCAGUCCAGGAACAUGGGAACUCACUAGAUGAAAUCUCCAAAUCCUUGCUGAGUCUGAAUACCACACUGCUUGAUGUCCAGCUCAAUACAGCAACCCUGAAUCACAAAGUCAACGAGUCUACAGUGAAGCAGCAGGAGGAUAUCAGUAAGUUAGGGGAACGUGUGCGCAAAGUGUCAGCAGAAAUGCAGUCUGUGAAAGAAGAACAAGAGAGCGUGGAACAGGAAGUAAAACAGGAAAUGAAAGUACUGAAUAACAUCACUAAUGACCUCAGACUGAAGGACUGGGAACAUUCACAGGCAUUGAAGAACAUCACCUUAAUUCAAGGGCCUCCUGGACCCCCAGGUGAAAAGGGAGACAGAGGACUCACUGGACAAAGUGGUCCACCUGGCAUUCCAGGUCCUCCAGGCCUUAAAGGUGACCGGGGGCUCACAGGCCUCCCUGGAAUGCGCGGAUACCCAGGGGCACCUGGAAAGGCGGGGAGGUCAGGAUAUCCUGGACCAAAAGGCCAAAAAGGAGAAAAGGGGAGUGCAGGCAUAUCAACUACUCUUAAGAGAGUUCGACUGGUUGAUGGCAGUGGACCUCAUGAGGGCAGAGUGGAGGUCUUCCAUGAAGGCCGGUGGGGCACAGUCUGUGAUGAUCGUUGGGAUAUCCGUGCCGGACAAGUAGUCUGCAGGAGUCUAGGAUACCAAGAUGUUCAAGCCGUGCACAAUAGAGCUCACUUUGGACAAGGUUUCAAAAUAGCAAACCUGGCUUACCAGAGAUAA